AUGAGUCUGAAAGAGGCCAUCAAAUUAAAAGCACGAGUAUUUGAUAGACAAUUGGAUGAACCCAUGGAUUGUAUGGAGUAUUACAUUACGUGUGAAAUACUAUUAGAAGUGUUAGAAUGUGUCCGAUAUUUGCAUGAAUUGAAUCCACCGGUCAUUCAUCGCGAUCUCAAACCCGACAACAUAUUGAUAGCCAAUGACAUCAUAAACGGACGGUUCGUUAAGUUAUGUGAUUUGGGAUUAAUAACAAUUCAAGAAAAGUUGUCACAAACUAAUACGGCUGGUGUGGGAACUCCUUGUUUUAUGGCACCUGAAGUCAUAUUUGGUCGCAAAUAUAACACAAAAGCUGAUAUCUAUAGCAUUGGAGCUACAAUUGAAAGGCUAUUUGAUAUUGAUAUCAAUGAAUCACGUGAUAAAUAUAUAUCCAGUGAUUGGAGUAAUAAAUAUAAUAAAUUGUUUGACAUUACAAUCAGUGCAACAAAAACUUUAUACGCAGAGAGACCUACCUGUGAUCAGAUCAUUGAACAGUACAAUGAAUGGGCUAUCGAUAGCACAGUUGUUACAAAUGAUGUCGAGUUUAAUGAAAAACUCCAACAAAUCAAACACAAGGAAUGGAAACUCCAAUUAACUCCUAAUUAUUGGAUCAAAAGUAUAGAUAAGUUUUAUGUGUUUAACGACUAUUUGGGGUUUAAUAUGAUGUUUGUUACUACCGAUGAUCGGGUCUAUGGAUUGGGUGCUAAUGUCAACGGAUCACUGGGUUUGGGACACAACCAGUGGGUGAGUGAACCACAAGAGAUCAUAGAGUUGUCAAAUAAAAAGUGUAUUAAAUUCAUAAACGGAAGUGAAUUCAUUGUUUGUUUGACUCGUGAUAAUUGUGUGUAUAGUUGUGGUAAUGAUAGAUAUGGACAGUUAGGUCAGGGAAGUGAAGAUAAUAAUUAUAAGAAACCUAUGAUUAUACAAAUCAAUGACAACAAUGAUUUGAUAAGUGAUGUGAGUUGUGGUUCAUAUCACACAUUAGUUUUAACCGAUAAUAAUGAAGUGUAUGGUUUGGGUCGCAAUGAUUUCGGACAAAUCGGUAGCCGAGACACCACUUGUGAAUCAAUUACUAAACCGGAAAAAAUAAAAUUUAAUGAAAAUUAUUGUAUAAAAUCUGUUCACUGUUUUUCUAACUCAUCGUUUGCAUUGACAAGUGAUGGACAGGUGUUUAGUUGGGGUGAAAAUAGUAGCAAUCAAUUGGGACUCAAAAGCAAUAAUCUGAUGAUAUGUAGACCACAAUUGAUAUGUAAUUUAUUGGGUAUUACAUCCAUACAAUCGGGUGCAGGAAAUACAUAUUUCAGUAGUGAUUAUAAUAAUAAAGUGUAUAUUUGUGGUGAAUAUUACAAUGAAAAUAAUGUAAUUGAUAUACAAAUGACACCAAAAUUAUUGGAAAAUAGUUUAAUAAAUGAGAUGUUUUUGAAAGAAAUUGAAAGAUUGACUAAAAUAACGGCACAAUAUUUAGUUAAUAACAACACAUUUUGGUUAUACGAUAAUUGUAUAUAUAUUUCAAUGGAUUAUUGCAUAAUGAGUCUGAAAGAAGCCAUCAAAUUGAAAGCACAGGUAUUUGAUAGACAAUCAACAGAUGAACCCAUGAAUUGUAUGGAGUAUUACAUUACGUGUGAAAUACUGUUAGAAGUGUUAGAAUGUGUCCGAUAUUUGCAUGAAUUGAAUCCACCGGUCAUUCAUCGCGACCUAAAACCCGACAACAUAUUGAUAGCACACGUCAUUAGAAACGGACGGUUCGUUAAGUUAUGUGAUUUGGGAUUAAUAACAGUUCACGAAAUGGUAUCACAGAGUCAUACGAAGGGUGUGGGAACUCCUAAAUAUAUGGCACCCGAAGUCAGAUUUGGUCGUAAAUAUGACACCAAAGCUGAUGUCUAUAGUAUUAGUUUUAUUAUUGAACAGUUGUUCGAUACGGAUGUCAAUGAUUCACGCGAUAAAUAUAUAUCACAUGAAUGGAGUGACAAAUAUUGUAAACUAUUGAAUGUUAUAAAACAUACGAUGCAACCGGUCUAUGAUGACAGACCUACCUGUUCUCAGAUCAUUGAACAGUACAAUGAAUGGGCUAUCGAUAGCACAGUUGUUACAAAUGAUAUCGAGUUUAAUGAAAAACUCCAACAAAUCAAACACAAGGAAUGGAAACUCCGUAUAGAAAACAUGGAUUCAGAGCCAGAAUUAUGGGCAUACCCAUUGACCGAGCAGCAAUCUACGGGUGCAGAACACUUAGCUACAUAA